GCAUUUCGCGGAGCUCGCUCACAAACUCUCGAGCUCGAAGCAUUGCUUCAUCGCUCUCCUCGGCAAUGGCUCCCAAGAAGAAGAGCCAGCACCAUCACCAGAAAUCGGGGUCGCGAUCGGCUCCCAAAUCGGCCCCAAAGCUCCAGAUCUCCGCCGAGAACGAGAGUCGCCUUCGCCGCCUCCUCCUCAACACCCAGAGGCCGGCCCCUGCUCCACCACCCCCUGCCGAGACUGAGUCCAAAGCCCAGAAGGGCAAGAGACUUCGCGGCGUCUACGACAAGCUCUCUCUUGAGGGCUUCACUGAAGACCAGAUCGAACGGGCUCUCUCUGCUCUCAGUGAGGGUGCUACUUUUGAGAACGCGUUGGAUUGGCUUUGCUUGAACAUUCCGGGGAACGAGCUCCCACUUAAGUUUUCAAGCGGUGGUUCCACAUCUGCACCGGAAGGUGCAGCAAGGGCGAUUAAAGUUUUAUCUACAGCUCGGGCAGAUUGGGUUCCUCAGCAACGGCCACAGAGUCAUGUGGCAGAGGAGUUGCCUGGAGUUUCAGUUCGGGUUAAAGGGCAGGGUGAUGAGUUGUCACUGGAGCUGGGUAAAUCAGGUCAGGCAGACUGGAUACGCCAAUAUAUGGAACAAGAAGAAGAAGAAGAGUCAUCUCAAGAGGAGAAGGAUGUUGAUCUUGGCUCUCGUGCUGCUUCAAUUGUGAAAGAAUAUCACCACGCAAGAUCGGAAGCACUGUUGGCUAAACAAAGAGGAGAUAAAAAGAAUCGGGAUUACUAUGGGGCUAUCAUCAGCAAACUCAAGCAAGAAAUGUCGUCUCUAGGCCUAUCACAUGACAUUUUGCUUUCGGAGUUGCAGGAACAGGACACUAACUCAACCUCAGCUAAUAUGUCUAACAAAUCUUUACCCUGUGAACCUUUUGAGUUAAAACAGAUGGAUGAUUGUAGUUGGUCUGAUCUUACACAACCUGACAGUGAGCCCAUUGUUAAUACAGAUCUAGAUGAAAAUUUCUAUUCAGACGGAAGAGUCUGUGCUGCUAAUCUAUUUGAAAAUGAUACUUCUGAGAAGGUUAGUCAAGAAAAUGAGGAACCUGUGGAUUUAGAACUUGAUAAUCUAUUUAGUGAAGAUCCUUCUUCCAGUGGAGCUCUACCUCAUGAAAUUCUGAAACAACAAAAGAAAGAGAAACUGCCACAGCUUAUGUAUGGGGGUACUUUACUGAUUAUUGAUGACAUAUGGAAAAAGGGUGAUUUGGGAAUGAUACCUAAGGCUCUUCUUCAAAAGCUGUGCCAAAGAUUAGGCUGGAAAGCACCGAAGUAUGCCAAGUUAUCUGAAAAGGAUGGCCAGUUUCUUUAUUCCUUGAGCAUUUUGCGGACUGCCGUGGGUCGAGGUAAGAGCCAUAUGGCUGGUGGCUUGAUUACCCUCCGCCUUCCAGAUCAGUGUGAGCCAUUUGGAUCUGUUGAGGAUGCACAGAAUAAAGUAGCAGCAUUUGCACUUUCUCGACUUUUUCCCAAUCUUCCACUAAGUCAAAUGCUUUCAGAACCAUACUCAUCGUUUGUGACAAAAUGGGAGGAAAAUAUACUCCCAACUGACUUGGAAGAAAGUGAGCAUAAUCGUAGGUCAGGAUUUGUGGAUUCGUUACUUAGAGAUGCUCAUCAACCAAUGGUUUCCUUGGAUGCUAGUUUGGAAUUUGAGAAAUCUUUAGACGCAUGCAAUGUAAAGCAAGCAGAUGGAAAUUCCUACCCUGAAUCAACAUCACUUGAUAGGACAGGAGAAUUUAACCAUCAGCAAACAGAGAGUGUGUUUUUGGAGAAAGAACUGAAGAACAAAAUUAAACUGCCAAAAUACAAGGAAAUGAUGAAAGCUAGAGCUACUCUGCCAAUUGCUAACCUCAAGAAUCAGAUUCUACAUUUACUCAAAGAGAAUGAUGUGAUUGUGAUUAGUGGAGAAACUGGAUGCGGGAAAACAACACAGGUUCCCCAAUAUAUAUUGGAUGACAUGAUUGGAUCAGGACGAGGAGGCUUUUGCAACAUUGUGUGCACGCAACCUAGAAGAAUAGCAGCUAUCUCUGUGGCAGAAAGAGUGUCAAAUGAACGGUGUGAACCCUCGCCAGGCAGUGAUGGUUCACUUGUUGGAUUUCAAGUUCGUCUUGAUAGUGCUAGGAAUGAAAUGACUAAGCUUCUGUUUUGCACAACGGGGAUCCUUCUCAGGAAACUUGCUGGUGACAAAUAUUUGACUGGCAUCAGCCAUGUGAUAGUUGAUGAAGUGCAUGAGCGUACCCUUUUGGGGGACUUCUUACUGAUAGUUCUAAGGCACCUAAUGCAGAGACGAAAGCUGAAAGUGAUACUCAUGUCAGCAACUGUUGAUGCAACUAUGUUCUCAAGGUACUUUGGCAAUUGCCCUGUAAUCUGUGCAGAAGGGAGAACCUUUCCUGUUUCAACCUACUUCCUGGAGGACGUUUAUGAAGCCCUUAAUUAUUCUCUUCCUUCAGAUUCUCCCUGCAUCAGGAAAACUCAUGGAUUCCACAAGAGCGAAGGUCAAUAUGUUGGCAGUUCUGUCGGUCACCAUAGAGGGAAAAGGAAUAUUGUUUUAUCUUCUUGGGGUGACGAGUCUUUACUUUUGGAAGAGUAUCUCAACCCGUGUUACAUGCCUGGUUCUUAUGAGUCUUAUAGUGAGAGAACACGCCAGAAUCUGAAAAACUUAAAAGAAGAUGUGAUUGAUUAUGAUCUUCUGGAAGAUUUGAUAUCCUAUAUUGAUGACAAUCAUCCCCCUGGUGCCAUUCUUGUCUUUCUUCCAGGAGUCGGGGAAAUUAACUCGCUAAUUGAUAGAUUGACAGCUUCAUUCCAGUUUGGUGGCAUUGCAUCUGAUUGGAUUCUUCCUUUGCAUUCAUCACUAUCUUCAGCAGAUCAGAGAAAGGUUUUCCUUUCUCCACCUGAAAAUAUUCGCAAGGUGAUUAUUGCUACAGAUAUUGCUGAGACUAGCAUAACCAUUGAUGAUGUAACUUAUGUGGUUGACACUGGAAAGCACAAAGAGAAUCGUUACAAUCCCCAAAAGAAAAUGACAAGUAUGUUUGAGGACUGGAUAUCUCAGGCAAAUGCAAAGCAAAGACGAGGGAGAGCAGGACGUGUAAAACCUGGAGUCUGCUUCUGCUUGUAUACACGCCAUAGAUUUGAAUCCCUCAUGCGCCUUUUUCAGGUACCUGAGAUGUCGAGGAUGCCGUUGACAGAAUUAUGUCUGCAAAUAAAAUCUCUUUCUCUUGGCUGUAUAAAAUCCUUUUUGAUGGAGGCCAUAGAACCACCACAUGAAGAGGCUAUUUCCUCAGCCAUUGAUUUGUUAUAUAAGGUUGGGGCCUUUGAAGGGGAUGAGGAGUUGUCACCUCUUGGAUAUCAUUUGGCGAAGCUUCCUGUGGAUGUUUUGAUCGGAAAGAUGGUGUUAUAUGGUGCGAUAUUUGGUUGCGUAUCUCCAAUUCUAUCAAUAGCAGCAUUUUUGAGUUACAAAUUCCCCUUUAUUUAUCCCAAAGAUGAGAAACAGAAUGUUGAGAGAGCAAAAUCAAUGUUGUUGGGUGACAAUACAGAUAAUAAAAAUGCCCUCCAGCAGAGCAACACUCAAUCAGAUCAUCUUUUGCUGGCCGUUACCUAUGACAAAUGGGCUAAGAUACUUUAUCAGAAUGGGGCAAAAGCUGCUUACCAAUUUUGUCGUUCAUUCUUCUUAAAUAGUUCGGUGAUGUACAUGAUAAGGGACAUGCGUAUACAGUUUGGCAGUUUACUUGCGGACAUUGGACUAAUCAAAUUUCCUAAAUUGCUUCUUGCUGAUGAGAAAAGAAAAGACAAACUGGAUAGUUGGCUUGCUGAUUUAUCUCAGCCAUUCAAUAUUUAUUCAUGCCAUCCUUCAAUUAUUAAGUCUAUCAUAUGUGCAGGCCUAUACCCCAAUGUGGCGGCAACUUUAGAAGGUACGAAUGGAGCUGUUCUAGGUAGCAAUAAAUUAUUAUCUCGCAACCUUCCCAUGAAGGAUCAAGUAAUUUGGUUUGAUGGAACAAGAGAAGUUCAUAUACAUCCAUCCUCCAUAAACCACAGUGUUAAAGGUUUCCACCAUCCAUUUCUCGUCUUUCUUGAAAAGGUUGAGACAAGCAAGGUGUUCCUACGAGAUACUAGCAUCAUCUCCCCUUACUCUCUAUUGCUUUAUGGGGGAACCAUUUCUAUCCAACAUCAGACAGGAUUGAUUGUCAUAGAUGGCUGGUUAAAGCUGACUGCACCCGCCCAAACAGCUGUUUUGUUCAAGGAACUUCGUUUAAUGCUACAUGCUGUUUUGAAGGAACUGAUACGAAAGCCAGAGAUGGUAACAAUGGGCAACAAUGAGGUGGUGAAGUCCAUUAGCCACUUGCUAUUAGAGGAAGAGAAAGUUUAAUGAUCUUGAAACAAGAUUACAAAGUUACAUGAUAAGAUUGUAGUUUUCACUUGCUAUUUCAUAUGGGGAAAGAAAGUAGAUGCUCUUCUAUGUUUCUGCAGAUCUCACUGCCUCAGUCACAACUCUAAUAUUGAGAAAAUACGCAAUGGUAUGCCGUCCCUUCAGCCAGAAAACAAGCAGAGGUACUGAAGAUUACACAGUGGGUGUCAAAUUAAAAGGAUCUUGACAUAGCUAGGAUGACAGAAAAUGGUAAACGUAUUAAUUUAAGGUAUAAAUACUGCUAAAUGCAAAAUUUCUACCAUUUGAUAUGCUUACAGCUUGAGGUUGGAUUGAAUACUUUCUAUGUAGUUUUUCCACCUUAGCUGCCCCUUGGACUUGUUCUUGUUACAAUAAGCAUAUGCUUGAAGACAAUCAAAAGUUUUUUUUUAUUUUUA